GAGAAGCAUUGCAAAAAUGCUACUUUUUGUCUCAUAUUGUUUGGUUGUGUCAUCCGCAAAGAUAAAUUUUUGUCUUUGAGAAAUUAUAAUAUGUUUGUAACGGAGCCAUUCCAUGUUCGAACAAAGUAUAAAUAUCCUUUAUGGAGUCUAACCAGAAAAAAGAACAGACUUUUAAUACAAACGAGAACCUACUUAUUUAUUAUUGCUUCUAACAAAGACAAGUCACAAGUUCCCCAAGUACCGAUUGUCUCACCCAAUCAAAAAACUUCAAAGCCUGAGUGGUUAAGGGCCAUUGCACCGGAAAGAGUCCACAGUCGUUUUCGGCAACUGAAAGACACUGUGGCAGAAUUGGGUUUGCAUACUGUUUGUGAGGAAGCACAGUGUCCCAACAUUGGCGAAUGUUGGAACGGUGGUACAGCAACUGUGAUGUUGUUAGGUGACACUUGCACUCGUGGUUGUCGCUUUUGUGCUGUGAAGACUAGCAAUAGACCACCUCCACCGGAUCCUUUGGAACCAUUCAAAGUGGCACAAGCUUUAGCGGAGUGGAAUCUAGAUUAUGUUGUUCUUACUAGUGUGGAUCGAGACGAUAUACUGGAUGGAGGUGCCGACCAUUUUGCCAGAACUGUGGAAUUGAUAAAACUUGUCAAGCCCGAGAUGCUCGUCGAGUGUUUGGUUGGAGAUUUUAGUGGAAAUCGACAGUCAGUAGAACGCCUUGCGACGUGUGGUAUGGAAGUAUUUGCUCACAACUUGGAAACCGUUGCAAGGUUGCAGAAAUAUGUACGUGAUCGAAGAGCAAAUUAUCAACAAUCUCUCGAUAUGUUAAGAGAAGCCAAGAAAUUGAAUCCUAGGUUGAUUACCAAGAGUUCCAUUAUGUUAGGAUUAGGAGAGACAGACCUGGAAGUGAAACAAACUAUGCUAGAUCUUAGAAAAGUUGGAGUAGAAGCAUUGACUUUGGGACAAUACUUAAGACCGACACCACAGCAUUUGAAUGUAGUUGAGUAUAUAACACCUGAACGCUUUGACCACUGGAAAAGGAAUGGACUUGAAAUGGGUUUUCUGUAUGUUGCAUCAGGACCCUUAGUGCGCUCAUCUUAUAAAGCAGGUGAAUACUAUAUGAAGAAUAUAAUAGAGUCUCAAAAGAAUAUUCAUUCUUAUGAAUGAAGUUCGAUAUAUAUAUAUAUAUAUAUAUAUAUAUAUAUAUUUCCUAGUGAUGAUGGAUCAUUUU